AUGGAGAUUUGUGGGCAUGAAAUCUUAAUCUUCCCAGAGCUGAGGGUUCAGUACCGGUCACGAGUGGGAGAACAGUAUCGCAGCUUUCAGCAGAUGAUGGAGGGGCUUGCGCGCGAUGUGAGCGCAGAAGAGUCCAAGCGGAGAGCAAAGCAAAGGGCACGAGAAGAGGAGGGCGACUUCUACCUCUCAGACGCAGAGGCCUAUUUUGAGAAUGUCAACCUCCACGCCAAAGUGAAAGGAAGCACAGCCACCGGGCUUCUGGAUCUACCACCUGAAAUACUCACAAUUAUCGCGGAAUUUGCUGCUGGACAUCCUGGUAUCCUCAACCGCAGAUGCAUGAAGGACUUGCGCUUGACACACCCUUUGCUGAGCCAUCUCGGCUUCUUGAAGUCCAAGCUUUUUGCAACAAUCACCCUCACACCUGAACCAGGCCAGCUCUGGGCUAUUACCAAAUACGCUGCUAAUCUCGCACCAGCGCCCUCGUCUGGCAGAACAUAG